AUGUCUGCCUUAGACAAAUGCGAAGAGCUUGGCAAGUAUAUGCAGGCACUCCAUGUCGGCGACAGCGCGCAUGUUCCCACGGCGCCUUCAUGGCUGUCGGCUUCCCUUUGUUCCGACGUGCAGCGCGCGAUGGAAGUCAUCGCUGCUGCCGACAAUUGCCUAGUUCUCCUGCAAGGCGACGCAGAAUAUCAUACAACCCACCUUGGGCCUCACCAGCGUGGGACCGAUCCCAACAAAGAAUCCGUGCUCGAGUACCUGAAGCCUCAUCUCACAUAUCCUGAAGGCAGGUGUCCGUGGUCCUCCACCGAUCCUGACCCCAUCACAAAGCGUCUCUGGGCCACGGAACCCUUCAAACUUGCCGAUGCCCUCGGACGCGUGAUCCUCUGGUUCCUCCCCGCGCUUCUGAGCCCUGAGCGACAAGAUCGUAUCGUCGCCGACAUUGAAAACAUCGCCGAGGUGUUGUCGCGCGGGAUGAACAAAGCGCAAGCGGAUGCUGUCCCUGCCACAGUCAAGCAGUGGAGGCGAUCAAAGUUCCUAUUCAAUACUCAGUUAUCGCUGUCACGCGACAACAUCACUGGAUCCAUGGACAUCUCGCCCGGCUGGUACGCCCAAGGGCACGAGACGCCAGCCGCCUCUUGA